CACACACACACACACACACACUCGGCCCUCAGAAUGACACAGCUCUGAUCGGAGGGAGGUGAUCUCUGGAAUUGCUCAGCGAGCACCCCUAAUUUCCCUGAUUUACAUAUCGCUGUCAAUCACACCCAAUGGAAUCCAAUCAGAAAGCAGGUGGGGACGGACUGGCGGGGACGCAGAAGGAGGCCGCGCUGAGGGCGCUAAUGCAACGCACAGGAUACCAACUGCAGCAGGAGAACGGUCAGCGGCGGUAUGGCGGCCCACCACCCGGCUGGGACGGACCGCCGCCAGAGAGAGGCAGCGAGAUCUUUGUGGGGAAACUCCCGAGAGAUCUGUUUGAAGACGAACUGGUUCCUCUGUGUGAGAAGUACGGUACAAUCUACGAGGUGAGGAUGAUGAUGGACUUUAGCGGGAACAACAGAGGUUACGCCUUUGUCACCUUCAGCACUAAACAAGAGGCUAAAGCAGCCAUGAAGCAGCUCAACAACUACGAGAUCAGAAACGGCCGCCUCCUCGGAGUUUGUGCCAGCGUCGACAACUGCCGGCUGUUUGUCGGCGGGAUUCCCAAAACGAAGAAGCGCGAGGAGAUCCUGUCUGAGAUGAGGAAGGUCACCGACGGGGUGGUGGACGUCAUCGUGUACCCGAGCGCCGCCGACAAAACCAAGAACCGAGGCUUCGCCUUCGUCGAGUACGAGAGCCACAGAGCGGCCGCCAUGGCCCGCCGGAAACUGCUGCCAGGUCGUAUCCAGCUGUGGGGUCACGCCAUCGCCGUGGACUGGGCGGAGCCUGAGGUGGAGGUGGACGAGGAUACCAUGGCGACGGUCAAGAUCCUGUACGUCCGGAACCUGAUGCUGCAGACCAGCGAGGAGACCAUCGAAAAGGAGUUCAGCAGCCUCAGGCCAGGCGCUGUGGAGAGGGUGAAGAAGAUCAGAGACUACGCCUUCGUCCAUUUCACUCAGAGAGAGGACGCGGUCACCGCCAUGAACGCCCUCAACGGGAAGUUGGUGGACGGCUCUCCUAUCGAGGUGACGUUGGCCAAGCCAGUGGACAAGGACAGCUACGUCCGCUACACCAGAGGGACGGGAGGACGUGGAACGUCUCUGCUGCAGACCGACUACGCCGCCUACACUCUGGGACAGGUGUACGACCCCUCAGCGGCGUACCUCGGUCCGCCCGUGUUCUACGCCCCCCAGGCCUACGCCGCCAUACCAGGUCAGUUCCGCUUCCCGGCGGCCAAAGCUCACGUCGGAGGUCGAGGUCUGAUCAGGACACCGUCGGUCAGAGAAAUUUACAUGACUGUACCUGUAGGGGCUGCGGGGGUGCGGGGGCUGGGCGGGCGGGGAUACCUGGCCUACGCUGCCGGGGUCGGAGUCAUGGGCGGAGCCGGCGGCGUAGGCGGCGCCUCCUACGGCCUGAAGGUGGACAAGCAGGCGGAGGAGAAGCUGUACGACCUGCUGCCGGGCAUGGAGCUCACCCCCAUGAACCCUGCCGCCAUGAGCCUGAAAGCCGCCGCCAUCAAACCUGCAACACAGGUAACAGAACACACCUGAGGAUGGUUGCUGCUCUGCUGCAGCUCU